GGAUGGAUCACGCUCGUCGUCUUCUCACCGCGCACGCAUGCACAAUCGUUUUAUGAGGGAAAACUUAUUUAUUUCCCGUCCGGUUUUCCUCCUUCUUGGUGGGUGUAACUGUGUUUCGUCGCUCUCGAAGGGAGAGUGAUUUCUUGCUACAAGUUUUUUUCCUCCUCCUGCUGCUAAUAAAAAGUGAGUGAGUGAGUGAGGUGAGUUUGGUGUUUGGCCGACUAACGGGACACCGGGUUUUUGAGAGAAGAUCCGAUAAAUCCAAUCCAACCACUUUUACUUCCCGUCGACCGUCCCAUCCUCGUCGUCAAUAAAUAAGAAAAAAAUCAAACAAGAUGAGAUUCCAUUCGUCUUCUACCUGAAAAGAAAAGAUUGGGAUCAGGACGGAUUUUUUUUUGCCGGCAAAUUGCAUUUAUUUGAGUGAAGUGAACUUUGGGAAAUAGUGUAUCGUGCAGAGCUUCCAAAAAAGAAAGAGGAGGAGGUGGACGAGGACGAGUCAGUUUUUUACCCGUGGUGACCACUAACUAUUAUGUCGUGGACGGGAGGAGGGUGAGAAAUCAGGAUGCGAUCCAACCACCCCGCGGAGGCGGAUGACGAUGGAGGUCCUUCCGGGGGAGGAGAGGGCCUCGAUGGUCAGGGCGGUUCUGCCGUCCUCAUCAGAAUCCACGUUCCCGACCUCAACAUCCACAAGUGCCUCCAGUUCUAUAGGCACGACCUCGUCUGGGAUGUUAAACAACAGUGUCUCGCGUCACUCCCCAAGGAGCUGAAAGAGAGUUUCAACUACGGCCUCUUCGCACCGCCGUGCAAUGGAAAAGCGGGUAAAUUUCUGGAUGAGGAGCGGCCCCUUUCCGACUACCCGUUUUCCGGCCCCGUCGGCUACCUCGAGUUGCGCUACAAGCGGCGUCUGUACAAGGGGUUGAACCUGGAAGAGAAACAGUUAAAGCAGAUCCACACCAAGUCGAACCUACGCCGAUUUCUGGACUACGUCUCCUCCGCCCACUGCGACAAGAUUACGAAAAUGUGCGCCAAAGGGCUCGACCCAAACUUCCACUGUCCUGAAACUGGGGAAACCCCGCUCACGAUGGCUGCCCUGAUGAAGAAGCCGACCAAGUUGCUCAUGGCGUUGGUGAAUGGGGGCGCCCUUCUCGACUACCGGACGAAAGAGGGCUGCACCGGGAUGCACAGGGCCGUGGAGGCGAAAAGUUAUGAAGCCGUCAAGACCAUGCUGGACCUGGGUGGGUCUCCGAACUAUAAGGACUCAAAGGGAUUGACCCCUCUCUACUUGUCCGUCUCCCUGCAAGCGGACCCCGCCAUGACGCAACUCCUCCUACAUGACCACGCCUUCAUUGGCGCACAAGACUUGCAAGGGUGGCACGAGGUCCAUCAGGCAUGUCGGACCGGGCUUGUCCAACACUUGGAGCACCUCCUCUACUACGGGGCCGACAUGAAUGCGCGCAACGCCUCGGGAAACACACCCCUCCACGUUUGCGCCGUCAAUAAUCAGGAAUCCUCCGCGCGUCUGCUCCUCUUUCGCGGCGCGGAUAAGGACGCGCUCAACUUUGCGAAUCAAACCCCCUACCAAAUGGCCGUCAUCGCGGGGAAUAUGGAACUCGCGGAAAUCAUCCAGACCCACCGGAGCCAAGAUGUCGUGCCUUAUCGAGACCUGCCAUCGUACAACCCGCGUCGUAGGUGUGUCAUUUCCCGCGCCUUUUCCGACCCUCGCCUCAACAUGUCGAUGACUUCGUUGUCGACGCGGUCGUUGUCGCGUGUCUUUGCGCCGCACCAUCGACCCCCUUCACCCUGUCCGUCACUCCGUUCGCUGCCCCAUUUUUCCCCCUCGUCGUCUUCCUGCCCUUCUUCGUGCUCAUCGUCACACGGAGGACGACACACUCGGUCAGGUUCCUGCUCGGAUUCGUCCUACUCGUCAAUCUCACACUCGGCGGCGUCGGAUUUUUCAGAAAUUUCGGAACACUGCGGAUCAGCGACUACGGAAAAGAGCUUGGAUCAUUCGGACAUAACGUCAGAUUCGUCGGGAGUGGGGACGUGUAAUAGUGGAGGGAGUGCGUCCAGCUAUGAGCCUGCCACACCCACGGAUGCGACGCUCAUCCUGCCCGGGACGAUGGUCGUCUGCGUGGAGAACUUCGCCCCUCAGUCAAACCUUCACCUUAAACUGGCGGAGGGUGACAUUAUCGAAGUGAUUGGCUCAGCAGAGGGUGGUACCGUUCUGGAGGGCUCACUCCGUGGUCGAAUCGGCCUCUUUCCGGCCCAGUGUGUUCAAGAAAUCAGGAUGAAAAGUUACGAGAAGCACAACAACCACCACCUCGCCCCUCCCUCGGCCAACCACACCCACUCGAGUGGUAAAAAGGGGGGGAAAGGAGUCGCUGCCACGGCGGCAACACCAAAUGCUCAACACCUCUCUCGCAUCAAGAAAGUCAGCCAAGUGAUGCUGGGGGGGCCGGCUGUUUGUGACCAAGCCUCCUCCUUUGUUUGUAGAUGGGGCGAGCCGCACACUGUGAUCUUGCACCGGGGGCAGAAGGGCUUCGGUUUCAUCCUCCGCGGAGCCAAGGCGGACUCUCCCUUGAUGGAAUUGACCCCGUCGGAACGCUUCCCAGCUCUCCAGUACUUGGACGACGUGGAUGAAGGAGGCGUCGCCGAUAGAGCUGGACUCAGGAAGGGCGACUUUAUCCUCGCCAUAAACGGGAUGGACGUUUCCCAGCUGUCGCACGAGGUGGUGGUGGACAUGAUUCGAAAAAGUGGUGAGCUCGUCUCCCUGACCGUCGUGGGACUUUCUCGCCUCUCCGCAGCUCAAGGGGAGGAGGACGGGUCAAAGUUGAAACCUGGAUCUCCCGCGGCCUCACUCACACAUGACGGUGGGGCUGAGGUGGGGGGUCAUAAAGCGGCACAAAACCAUUUCGCCACCCUGCCCAGAAAGCAUUCCGCAGGAUCCACCGGACCAACGACGGUCCCCUCCCCGCCGAGAAGAGACCCCACCACGAGUUUGAGUGUGGGUCGGGCCCGUGCCAAAUCUAUGGUGGCUGCGCUUGCGGACUUGGACGCCGCUUCACCCUCAGGAGUGGAGAAUGGUGGGGUGAUUUCUACUUCAGCGGACUCCGUGGCAGGAAAGCCACCCCUCCCACCUGGUGCUACAACGGGGAACGGAACCCUUUUAUCCAACGGAGGAGGUGCUCAAACAAAAACGGCUUCAAUCAGAGCUCGCCCAACGUCCAGUCGCAUCACGGCUGCCGAGAUGCAAGAAAUAUUCGCAGACUCCACAACCGGAAACAAGUGUGGAACGUGGAAUGGUCCUCCGCACAAAAUCUAUGCCUCCGUGGCGGAAAUGAAGCGGUCCAAGUCUGCCCUAAAAGGGAAAGAGGCGGCUUCCACGCUGCACAAAGACUUCCACUCGACCCCCGACCUUAAAGGUCUCGCUCAGAAGAAGCCGACGGACAAAGACCAAGUGAAGUCCCUCUCACAAGAAAAUCUCAAUAAACUCGUCCUCCGCAACUCGAAUAGCAAUCCACGUCACUCGUGGACCCUCGACCGGAACUUUUUCCCCUCUUCCAACCUUAACUACAACGACAAGCUUCCCGAACCUCCCACCGAGUCGGAGCUAGCAGCGAGCAGGACGGAAAGUGGUGAUGGUGGUGGUGGUGCAGAGACGGAUGGCUCCACGUCGGAUGACGAUGGACAAUCUUCCACCGAAUCGGAGAACGGGGGAGGGGAGGAGACGAAUAAGGUGGUAAAUAGCACCACGAAGGGGAAAACUCCUGUCCUCACGGAUGGCGAGUAUCGGACGACCAAACUGAUCCGACCCGUGCAGAGCAAAACGCUGCCGAGAAGAGCUUCCACCGGUAUUAAAAGUUGCACAAUCAGUCCGGCUGAGCAGCAAACCAUCAUAAACCUCGUCCCACCCGGCCAAGUAAUUAAGGUGGACGUGUCCAAGAACAAGCAAGACAUUUACGGCACGUUAGAACACGGUCAUUCAGGUCCUGGUCAGAACAGUGGUGGUGGUAUUGGGGGUGGUGGAACGCUCUCGAAAGGACAGCCUGGUCCCGGUGUAAUGUCCUCCUUUAAACCUACCGACUCCGCGAAACUGUACGCCUCUCCGGACGACUUGCGCCCGAUUGGGUAUCGGGACAGCGGCGACGCCACUUCUCCGAAUGGGAACAACAACAAUUCAUCCGGUGGUGGGGGAACAUUAAAGAAAAUCCGCUCUCAGAGUCUGCCCCCCUCGAAGGAUGCUAGUACAAAUAAAAAAGUAGACUAUGCCGAACCCCACAACAGGAAUAACAACGUCUGCAAUGGGGACGACGGUGGUGGAAAUGUGAAUAGUUUUAAGAGAAACACGAACACUGCUGCGGCGGGGGCCACGAAUCAGAACGGCGGACAAGGAUUCGACCCUCAAAAGUCUCUGCAAGAAGCCAAAGAGAAACUUCGGCCAGUAAAACCCGUACUGAAAUCCAGCUCAAGCCUGCAAAACUCACAAACUCCGGAUAAAAUCCGCAUCGAGGUGAAGCAGUCACCUCGCCUGGGACGCAAGUCGGAAAAGACGGUGACCUUUCAAACGCACCCCGAUGCUGCUGACCUGACUCCGCCGGAUAGUCCCAUGGCUCAUUCCAUGUCGGUGGAUGACAUCGCCAAAGUGAAAACGAGUCUGAAAAUUUCGAAAUCAUUUCCUAACGACUUGGGAGGCGAAGAAGGUGGUGGUGGUGAGGGUGAAAGCGGAGGAAACUACGUGACCAACCUGCCCGUCAACCAGCCCGACUCGGAUUCAGUGUCGGAAGACUCAAGUGACAAAACGUGGAUUUUGAAGGACGAGAAUGGUGGUCCUUCUUCGACAUCGACGACGUCCGACUCUGUCCAAACUGUUAUCUCGGCGGCGAGCAAGGUUCUCAAGACGACGGCGACGGAGGAGAAGAUUUCAAAUUUGACGGCGCAGCAGGAGCAGCAGCAAAAGAAGCCGCUCUCGGCGAGUGCUCAAUUGGGAAUCACGCACAAUUUUGAGCAGAUGCAGCAACAACAUCAACAGCUCUAUGGGCGACUGGGAGACUCGAAUUAUGGGACGAUCACGCGAGGAACGGGGACUGGAGGAGGGGGUGGUGGUGGUGCCGUGUCAAGGCAACCUCCUAAUCUUACGAAGAAUGCGGUCAGUCUGGUCAAACUGCCACCACCGAUGGAGAUUGAGAGCGAGAGUGAAAGUGGGAGGGAGACUCCGGUAGGAAAGAAGACCGUCACCGUCCUCGUGGGCACAGGGCCUGUUUCCAAUCAGAUGUACCACACGCUGCAACCGCAAAGGUCACGUUCCAUGCUAUCCCAGGCGGCUGGUGGCGGCGGCGGUGGGACCGAGCAACCACAACAACUCCAGCACCAAUACCACCUCCAACAACAACAGAUCGCGGCCCGUCAACUGCAACAGCUUCAAAUGCAGGGACAAAUGCAGGGCACGAGACAGGCCGAGAAGAGCAUAGAGGAAAGUUUGAAACUUAUCCAGAUGCACGUCGCAGCGCUUAAGCAAGAUUUCCCGAGCGUGGUGCCACCCCCGCCAGAGUUUGGUCUGCGCAAUCAAACUCCGAUUUUAGCCCCACCGCCCGAGUUUUCGGACGCAAGGGACACGCACGAGGCGGCCACGAGAUUCAAUCAGGGACACAUGUUCACCGCCGAACAACACCAACACCAACAACAGCUUCAACAGCAGAACCAGUUUAAUCGCCAGUCUCCCAUGUACCGUUCCAUCAGUCACGCCCACUCGAGUACCUCCUCCAUGUAUAGCGGAUACCCUACAAUGACGCGUCAGCAAUACCAACAGCAACAACAACUCCAUCAGCUUCAGCAACAACACGCCGCAGCCGCCGCGCAACAUCACCAACACCUCAUGCAGUCUCAACAGCAGCAGCAGCAGGCUCAACAACAAGCCACGUACGGAACGCUGCAAGCCCGCUCAGCCCAGGCGACGUAUGGGACGACGACCAGCACGGCGGGAGGAGGACAAGGGGCGUACGGUCACUACCAGACACUAACCCCAAAAUCCAACGCGGGUCAGAUCUCUGGAACACCACCCGUCCCUCAAACUGCCCCUCCUUCCUACGGCCACCAUCCAAAAUGCUACUACUACCAACAAACGCCCUCCGCUACGACGCCCACGACCAACAGCAACUCGGCCAAGUUGCACCCCGUACAUCGAUACACUCCAGAUUUGUACGAGAGCAGUAGUGGACCUCGAAUAGUGGGCACCAUUCCUAAAAAACAGGCCGGUUCUGACCAUUACGAAGUUCCUCACGCACACCAAGUCAUGCUCCAGCAGCAGCAACAACAACAACAAGCCGCUGCUGCAGCCGCCGCUUCUGCACAAAUGCAACUGCAAGCUCAACAACAACAGCAAUCUCAGCAACAAUCCGCCGCCGCCGCGUCGUCCCGAGUCCGUCGUGAGUUUCGCAACAAGACUUUGGUUGAGUGGACGGUGUGCGACGCGUGCGACUGGUUGGACUCCCUCUUCAUGCAGGAGUACAAGGGGAUCUUCUCCCAGCGAGGGAUCGACGGCAAGAAGCUUCUCCGCAUGGACAACGCCACCCUGCUCGACCUCGGCGUCAAAAAACUCGGCCAUCGGAUGAACAUUGAAAAGUCGUUGAAGCGGUAUUUGCCGCAGGCGAAGUCUUAAAUGUUACAUACAGAACGUCAGCGUAGUUAGUUGUAGUAAUUAUUAAUUAAUUAAUUGUUCAGAUUUUUGAAAUCCCACCGUAACACGAGAGCGAGAGGCGUACGUAUCAAUCAAUUAAGUUCAAAAAGGGGGUUGAGCAGCCGUGUAGGGUAGAUUUUUUUUGUAUUUAUACUUUCUUGGGGCACACUUUGUCUUCUUUUUGAGCGUUUUUGGUGGUCACGUGGUGUCAGGUCGAGUGGGUCAUUCAGAGUUUUUUUUACCACCACAGCCACCAUUAAUUUAGUUUUAUAUACUUUUCUCUACAGUUUGUUCUUUGUUUUCUAAUUUUAUACACACAUUUUGAUAGUUCUGUAGAAAACGAAAAACUGGGAACACAUGUCGAUUCGUUAUUUGAAGUUGAGAUUAAGAAUUUAUGUAAGAGUUUGAAAAUUUGAAGCUAUAAAUUUCCUCCUUGCUAACUAUUUGUAACGAGUAUUCAUUACAUGUAUGAAUUAAAACCGAUGUACUGGAGUUUACCUACCCUUACUUAGUAUAAAAGAAUUUAGUAGUUUAGCCGAGUCAUUAGGAUACACAUUUUGGGUAUGUAUUUACAUAUUUAUGCAAGAGUCAGUUGUGAUGAUGAUUAACGAACGAACGAACGACCCUCCUCCCAACAAGUACAAGACUGCUUGUUUCUGGACCGUGUUUUACUUCGGACGGCGAUUUCCUACUUCUCCUCCUCCAAUUGGCAACUCGUAGAGUUUAGAAUUUUGUAAGAGUUGGACCUGUUUGCAUCCACAUUUUUAUAAAUCUGUCUGGCUGCGUGGGUGGGAUUGACAUAAUUGCUCAUUAGGUCGAGAGAGAAGGACAUUAUUAAUUAGUACUGUUUUCUGAUGAUGCCCGACCUGACUGAUUUUUGGUCUCCUCCUCCUCGCAAUAUGUAUUUGUUGAUUCUCUUGUCCUUGCUGUAAGUACACACACACAGAAGUGAUAGUGAAGGUUGAUAAGCGCUCAUCAUACUAAAAUACCCGGUCUGGUUCUGGUUGUGUCGUUUCUUUGUUGGUUACCUUCUUGUUCUUGGUGUCGUAUUAAUUAAUUAAUAUACUAGUUAUGUACCUAUUUACAUAUUUAUGCAUAUGUAAACUCUAACUAAUCUAGUAAAUACUUGGUGCUUAUCGUAAUAGUUGAUCAGCAACUAAAGCGAUCGUCACUUUUGACCCGGAUGCAUAUAUAAAGUUAGACAACGUCCGAAACUCACGCACAUGGUGGGGCAGCAGCACCCCUGCAUUCUUCUUGACGGGAUAUGCUUCCCGACCUGUGCGUGGUUUGUGUUUGACGUUUCAAUGUUCUUGUUGUCGUAAUAAGUCGGCCAUAUUUACCUAGAUUUGAAUAAUAAUAGUCGUUAGGUUAUUACUAGAGAGAGAGAGAGGCUAUAUUUUAUAGGCAUUUAUUUAACACGAGGGCGAGGCGAGUUUUCUGCAUGGAAGAUUAAUUAAGUGCUACAUAAUUUACCAUAAAUAGUAUUUCGUAGUAGUUCUGUGUCCACGCAGUUAUACGACUCAGUAUUUGUAUCAUCUGUAUUACUACGACGACUUGAUACCUAUUUACAUAAUACCUGUGACACACAGUAACCAUAACCAUACACAAGUAACCAAAGAAGUAAUAAGACUAAUAAAUAGGGAAGAGUUCUGAAAUUCGGAUUCAUUCAACUACCACAAUCUACUCAUUUUCUGAAUGGAUGGGCAAAAUGCUUUGUGAAAAUAUGUGGAGUACUUUGAUCUCCCAGGGUUUGGAUUUCCAGGGCUGUUACACCCACCAAUAGACGAGAAGCUACAAGUCGGUCAAAAAUACAGGUUUUGUGAAGAACUUAAUAUUUUAUCCCUGGAGAAACACUUUGUUUUCACGAUUUUCUAAAAAUAAAGUGUUUUGAUAGCGAUAAAAAGGUAGUUUCUUGACAAAAUCCGCAUUUUCGUAAGAUGGCUGUCUUUUCGACUUAGAUUUUCGUCCUUUUGUGGGUGUAACACCCCUGGAAAUCCAAACCCUGGGAAGAACGGAGCUCAAAAUAGUGUAUUUUGACAACGUAUUUUGGUCAUUCAUGUCAUUUAGAAAGUAAAAGUAGCAGGAAGAGAUGUAGGAAUGAUACAUAAAUAAUGUUCUCCAUUGUUGUGGUAGUAUCUGUUACAGAGGGACCGUGCAUGACUGCAUGUUUGAGGAGGCAGAGGCGUUUUUCAAUUUUAAAUAGUCGUCACCGUCGUCACUUGUAGACUUGAAUUUUGAGGGUAUUAAAUUAAAUUAUACUAAAAAGGUAGUUGUUAUUCAUAUGUACUAAAAUAAAUACUACGUAAGUAUUUAAGUAGUUAGUUAGUUAGUUAGCUAAUUAAGUAAUUGGGGUGGUUGGUGCAUGGUAGAGGUUAGUCUUGUACAUAUUUACAUACAUAUUAUUACUUAAUUGUUACAUUUUUGCUGGAAAAAGUUGCCAAAAUAAUUGUCUAUUUAGCCGUUUAUGAGAGAUGCGAGUGGUGCAAAGAGGAGGCGUUAAGCACGUGGCGUGGUUACCUCCUUGUUGACCACGUGUUUGUAAAACUCUACCCUAUUUGUAGCAGAGAGAUUAUUAUUAUUAUUAUCAAAGUUUAAACUAGUAAUUAACUAGCAGCUGGUUCAUUAAGUAAUUAAUUAAUUGUUGCUUAAUUGUCUUGUUAUAUUGUCCUGUUAAACUAGAUACUGCUGCUGCUACUGAACUACUGAAAUGUGGAGGAAUGAGGGGGUGUGUAUCCACUAUAUUUAUCAAGUAUUUCCCAUUAUUUCUCUCCUCUAUCUCUGUCUACUUUCUACUUAUCAUCGUCCUCAUCAUCACAACACAACCGCUUUCUGGAUGAAUAAUUAAUUACUAUAUAAAGAUUUAAAUUAUUAUUAUUGUUAAAAUGUGCGUCGUCGCCGUCGUUCCCUAAAAAUGUAUUGUCAUCUCUCCAUCAUCAUAUUGAAUUAUUAGGUAUUAUUAUAUUACAAAGGAAAAUAAAGGAGAUGAGAGAAGGAGAACGAAUGAAA